AAUUCGUCAUAGAAAAACGCAAAAGAAAAGGUGCAAUGAUUUUCAUUGAAUGAAAAUUCCUCGGCGAUGCAUAUUCGGUGAAUGCACGGAGUUUUUCGCCGUCGGCUGCAAUUAAACAAAAGAAAUUAAAAAUACUUCAGAAAAAAAGAAGAAGGCAAGAAAUGUUGUAAGCGUUUGUGAGAUGUCAUAAUACAAUAAUAACGAAUUGUUUGUGCGCGAGUGAAGUUGAGAAAAAUCGUUUGUGUAUUUUGGUGCAGUGCGAAAGUAAAAAAAUUAGAAUUAGAAACGCUAAAAGCUAACAAAGGCGAAUAGCGUAUAAUAAAUUGUCUCAACAAGUAAUAUAAUAGAUUUUGUUAUUAUUAAUAGAAUUGGAAUAAUUAAUAUAACGAAACAUAGUGCAUAUUUAGCAACAAUAAAUAAGUAAAAACAUCAACGUAGCGCUCCUGUGCAAAAAAUCGCACCCAAGGCCACUUUGCCCAAAAUAGAUACAUGCAAGUGCAUCCAAUUGGCUGAUUGUGCGUGGUCGCUAUUGUUUAAAGCGUUACGUGACACAAAAAAUAUAUUUACAUACAUAUGUCAAUAAAUAUUUUAGAAUUAUAACAAAAAUUUGCUGCAAAUACAUUUUGCAAAAGUUGUGUAAGUGCGUUUAUUCAUCUUUGCCACAAGAGUCUUCAUUCAUUAUAUGAAAAACACAACAAACAUCGUCGCACGGGCGUACAUUAACUGUCCAGUUCAUGCAAACGGAUUUGUUUAGGAUUUUUAUCUACAUUUAUCAUUUACAUUUGCUUGUUCCCACAGUAUUAUAAGCAAUUUAUCGGCUUUUCCGCAACAAACGUCAACAACCACGGCAACCGCAACUAUGGAAGAAAUCAAAACAAACAAACUGGAAAAUAAUUAAAACAAACAUUGGCAUGAAAAGAAUCUGCACAGAAAAAAAUCUAUAUGUAAAUAUUGAAAUUGCAAAUGCGUCAGGCGUACGCCCAGUGAAUCCAAGUCAAUCUCCACAUCAACAAUGUCUGGCGGCCACGUAGGCUGCUCGCUCGCAACGUCUAAGCACCCACACUGACUAACUUGCACCAACAACCAACCAACUGUAUGUGUGUGCGUAAACGAGACGCGCUAAAAAUUUGAAAAAAAAGAAAUACGAAUAAAAAUAAAGUAAAAAUCAGUGCAUUGAAAGUGAAAACGAGAAUUGCAAAUCAAGCGACGAGCUUUUUGCUCGCCCCACGCGGCGCGUCAUGAUUUCCAUUUAAUUUUAUGCAAAUAACAAUUGUAAAGAAAGUGCGCGCCACCGUCGCACGCCAUGAACGAGAGGCAAAAAUUUAAUAAAACUACAGCUAUUUAAACGUGCAUAGGUGUGUGUGUGUGUGUGUGUGCAUUUUGUGCAAAUCGAAAUUGUAAAAGAAAACAAGUGCAACGAAAACGACGCUAAGAAUAGCACACAGCACCGGACCGAGCGAGCACUACAGGCCAAUAACGCGCUGAUGCGCACACGCUUUACCCUGCCCCUCGGCGACAGACACCCCACGAUUUCAGCCUCGCAACGCUGCAAUCUCGGCUGCAUGUAAGGCGGGGGCAAAUUUUUACGCUGCUGUAGUUUGACGUAGAAUGCUAUCCAAUUUUCACAAAUUAAUGCGGUGCUCUUCGAGCGUAUUGCAAUCAUCAGCACCUGUGGGUGGCCGCAAUGGCGGCGGCGGCGGUGCUGGUUUUGCCGCCGGUGUUGGUGGUUCCAAUUCACCAGCCUCACCCUUUAACAUCAACGAUGACGAUCCCAAUAUUGCCACUUGCUCGGGCCGCGGCGACUGUCUGAAUGGCACAUGCCUCUGUGAGAUCCGUUAUGCCGGCGAUGAGUGUAGUGGCUUCAAUUUGCCAUAUUACGCCGGCAUCUCAGCUGUUUUCUACUUUGUCGCUUUAGUGUCUGUCGUGCAACUCUGCAUCUGCAUUGUGGCCGAGUAUCAGCGCUUGAAACAGCCGUCGAUAUUGCGCGCCUGUCGGCUUACAACACAAAAGGUCUUAUACUUUCUGGUAUUCGUGGCAGCAUCGCUGCGCGGUGCCUUCUUUACGACACCGUUGGAUUUACAGCCACAAUGGGCCAUCACACUGAUGUCUGCAUAUUAUCCGAUGUUAAUGACCUGCGCAUCACUCAUUGUUUGCAUGUGGGCUGAGAUUUUCCAUUUACGCGACAUCCGUUGGGAGAAGUCACAAUUUCUAUCGAAGAGUUUCCUCGGCUUUGUAGCAUUUAACUUAUUCCUCUACAGCUUAUUCGGCGUUGAGGUAUUUUCUUCGUUGAUUAUCAACGAUCGACAGAAUUAUGCGCACAUCUUCAACGGCUGUUAUGCCGUACUCUUGCUCAUUGUCGUGGUUUUCUUUUUGAUCUAUGGCGUCGAAGUGUUUUUCAAAUUGCGCGGCGGUUUCGUUUACGAUCAAACUGGCAAAAUACUUGGACCCAGCGAAGCGAUUGUAAAUGCCUCACAACUGCACCAGUCACGCUUGGGUCUACUAUCACAGGCGAUUAUGUUAAUCGUCAUUGUGGGCUUCCUCACAUCAGAGACAUUGGGCGAUUUCUGGAAAACAAAGGUGCCAGUGUACUCACGCAAUUGGCAUGACAUUGUCUUCCGCAUUGUAGAGAUGGGUGUUGCUGUUUGGUUCCCUUGCUGCUUGUGGAAUUCAAUGGCGCCCGAACAGCUGUGGAUCUUAAAUCCGCGUAAAUUGCUGUCGCGUCAAAUUGACCCAUCUAUACCGACCACAUCGGCGGAAACCAAGAGCCUCUCACCCGAGGAAGGUCAAUCGUUUUUGACGAAAAAAGACUGUUGGAUUUGUUAUGAUAGUGACAAGCCCGAACCGCUCAUACAGCCAUGCCGCUGCACCGGCGAUGUCAGUUCUGUACAUCAUGAGUGUCUCAAACGUUGGCUCGUGGAGAGCUGCAGUUCGCCAGAUGCGCAAUUGUCGUGUAAAGUUUGUGGUUUCCCGUAUGAAAUUGAGAAGAGCAAAAAACUCGAAUGGGAGAAGGGCUUCAACAUGCAACACUGGACCAAGACAAUCAUACUGAUCACGCUGAUGUGCGUCGCCGGCGCCAGCGCCUGGGUAGUCAUCCAACUGUACGUUGAUCCGCUGGUGCGCGUACUCACCGUCGGCAUUGCCGUGCUCAUUGGCUAUGUGUGUGUCAAGUGUUUGGGCGAAAACACAGUGGUGGCAUAUCAACGCGCCAAAGUCAGCUCAAUUAAUAUAGUGACAAAAUCGGAAAUGGAAAAGCUACACACCAUCUGUCAAGACGUCGGCGAACGGCCAACAACAACAGCGGCAGCAGCGGCGGCCGCAGCAGCUGCAGUCAGCGCUGGACCAACACCAACAACAAGCGCUAUGUUAGCUAACACUGUGCAAUGAUUAUGACCCGCUGAGGAGGGGGGCAGCAGUGCCGUGGAGACGGAACACACACGCUUGUUGAACGGUGAAGGUGAGGACGAGCAACAACAACUGCAACGACACGAGCGUUUGGUGGAAGUUGAACAGGUGAAUGGGCGGGUGACAGUAGCUGCCACGAAAAUAGCACCACCGAAUACGAUUAUUAGUCUGACUAAUGUAACAGAGAAGAAACGAACUAAACACUAACUGACUAACGCGGUAACGGCGAGGCGAAGUAAAUGCGACAGCAAUAAUCACAACAACAACAAUGACGAUUGCGACUAUGACGAGACGUGGACGACAGCGCAUUCGUUCCAAGGCAAGUUAAUUAAGUUGGACAAAGGCUGUCUAUUGAAACAGCUAUGACUUUACACAACAACAGCAAAUUACUGCAGCAAUUAUGAGAAAAAAUAAUUAUAAUUAUAAAAAAUAGAAAUACAAUAACAUUACUCGUUCGGUUUAAGCAACAUUAACAAUUAACUUUCAUUCAUACAUAUAUACAUACAUACAUGGAUACAUUCUAUAUAUAUUUAUACACAAGCACAACUUAAAAUAACCGCCAGCCAAGCCAAAGUAAGCAAUCGAAUGAGACAGUAAGCACAAGCUGUGUGGAAGAAAGCGCAACACAAGCGUGUAUAGCAAUGAAAAACAACAAUAACAAGCACACGAAGUAGUGCUGCAACCUGGCUCUAACAAGAGGAGCUAAAAUAACAACAAUAUCAAUACCCAACAUAGCAAAAAUAUUUAAGUGACCAGCUCCUUUUCAACUUUUUUGAACUCAGAAAGAAGAAGAAGAAUAAAAAUGACUCAAGACGAUAGUUUGUGCCAAUGGUAAUAAAAUUUACAAAAGCAUCCAAGCACCUCGACUCGUUGUGGUUAUUUUAAGUUGUCGUUUGUGUAUAAGCGCGCGAUCCUUGACGUUAGUUAAAGGAGAAAAAAUGUGAAAUUUCUCAUACAGUCGCGUGCAUUUUUCAUGUUCACUCAUAAAUACAUACAUACAUACUUUAUAAUUUAAUUGUAUUUACAAAAUCAAAGCGAAAAAUCGUGAUCUGCGUCUAAUAUGAGCUGCAUACAUAUUGGCAUCGCAUUCAUUAAUUUCAUGUUUCUAUUCACGAAUUUGUUUACUCGAUUCUCUAUGUUAAUGAAAAUAAGAAUUUUGUUAUGCAUAUUUUACCAUUUUUUUGUGUGUUCGCAAACUAAAUUUUAAGCGAUUUUGUGAAACAAUUAAUUAAUUUUUUUUU